GGAAAGAGGUAUGUACCGCAUAUUUAUGUUUUUCAUAGCCUAUAUUGUUGUUGUUUUUGUUGUUGUUGUUUUUUUGGGCAGGAUGAUGCAACUUGACGAAAAUGAACUUCAUUAUAGUUAUAGUUUGAUAUAAGUGUAGUCACCAUUAGUUUUGGAAGAUUAGAAUUUGCAUUACCACAGUUUUACUAUAAAUUCCAUGGUUAAACUAUGAUUACUGUUGCAAAAUCAUGGUUAACUUAUGGUUACCAUGAACUGUAAUAUGGUGCAACCACAAUACUGUAAAUAUUUACAGUACUCAAAUAUUUAACCUUUCAUUUAGACAAUGUGGGUUAAAAGUUAAAAUGGUGCAUUUUAUUUUCCACAUAAAAGGGUAUUAUAUUUGAUUAUUUUCCCUAGCACUUACAUUGAGCUAGUUAUCAUCAAGAGAAAAUCACAUCACCUGUGUGUGUGUGUGUGUGUGUGUGUGUGUGUGUGUGCCCACGCGUGUGCACAUAAGAUCUCUUAGUUACACAGUUAACCAACAACAUCCUCUUCUUUGUGUCUUGACAUUUUCUGCCAGACAAGAGUAGGGGUUACAGCAACUGAUAGCAUUUUUAUGACAUUUAAUAAUUUAUUUCUCUCUUUUUUCAGGCCAAAACCACCAUAUCAUAGGGUUUAUAAUAAAGAUAUAAUUCUUCUGACACACCCCAAAGAAAACAAUGUGGUCAAGCAGAGAACGAAGCAGAAGUUGUAUGAAAAGGGCCACAUAAUAAGUGCUUUUGAGUUUGAUAAAACGUGGGACUACAGAACAGUCAUGAAUAAAAUGCAUGAGGCAUUCAAAGGGAAAAUUCCAUGUGGUGUGGGUCUGGAAAUCCUCUUGCCUUGUGGCAACAAACUUGUUGCUCCUACAUUCCAUGAAGGCCAGAAGCUCGAUGGCAAUGUGAUUCAGAAGGUUUUCAAACGAGCUUCUCUUUAUCUGAGACCAUCAGAGCCUCUUCAAUCAGUGUAUGGAGAAACCUCAGAUUCUGAAGAAAACUAUGAGGAAGAGGCGGUAGAUACAGGUGGCACAGAUGAUGAGUGGCCAUCACAUUCCUCAAAGUCAAGCAAAGAAUUUGUUUCAGCAAGUGCUAAAACUUCAACAGCGGAGCUACCUGCGACAGAGUCCCAUGGCAUGGCAAUAUCCAUUUCAACACAUGUUGAACAACCAUCAACAAAUGCUCAAGCCUCUUCUAGCAGCCAACAAGAAACGCCACAAUCAAAUAGCCCCACCCCAAGGCGCUGGCAAAAUGAUUAUGGAACUUACAUUAACCUCAUAAAUGACUCAUUAGAUGAAGAUGAGGAUGAAGAAUUGUACACCGCUAUUAUUGCCAGCAUUGAGGACCAGACACGCCCCAAAGAAGAUGCCUCCCUAACUGAUAUCUUAAAAGAACUUGGUGAAAAAAUCAGAAACACAGGCAUUUGCAAAUUCAAUAUCAAUCGUGCAGCAGUGCUUGAUGGAGCUAUUCGAGGCUUUCGAAGAGUGUCAUACAACCCAAACCACACAAUGUGCAUCAAGUUCUCUGAUGACAAGGGAACAACCGAAGAGGCUGUUGAUCUUGGUGGCCCCCGACGAGAAUUUCUACGGUUACUUAUGGAAGCACUGUCUCACUCCGAAAUGUUUGAGGGACAUGAGGGACACUUGAACUUGGCCCUUGAUUCCUUUGCUGUGCGGGAUGACAGAUAUUUUUUUGCUGGUCGAUCCAUUGCUGUCAGCCUGGUUCAUGGAGGCCCACCGCCAUGUUUCCUCUCUGAAACUCUUUUCAGCUGCUUAGUUAAAGGACCAGAGAUGAGCAGACCAGUCAUUGAGGACAUUGCAGACAAUGAACUCUAUGAAAAACUGAAACGGAUUUCUGAAUCCAGAACAGUGGAGGAGCUUCAGACAUCUGCUGAGCCUUUGACAGAUUACUUGUCUCAUGCUGGCUGCCUAAGACCUCUUACAAGUUUGAUGGACAAGAAUCCGUUACUGGAGGAUGUUCUAAUGUUUCAAGUGAUUCACCGUGUCCGUGGUCCCUUUGAAAGGUUUAGAGAUGGAUUGAAAACACUUGGAGUGCUCCAGAAGAUCCAGCAACAUCCAGAAGCCUUUCAUGCUGCCCUCUGCUACACUCCGAGGAACCUUUCCGCAGACAUCAUGGAUGGGCUGUUUGAAAUCAGAUGGUCCGAGACGGGAAGCAAUAGACGAGCCAAUGAAAACCGAGUGGUCACCUAUUGGAGAGAUUACCUCCAGGAUGCUGAAGAGGAGGAAGGGCCAACAAAGCUGGAGGACAUUUUAACAUUUGCAACCGGAUCGAAUGUGGUGCCACCCAUUGGUUUUUCUCCUCAGCCCUCUCUGGAAUUCCUUCACAAUGAAGGAAAAUAUCCAGUAGCCAACACCUGCAUCAACUGCCUUCGACUCCCCAUCCACAAAAGUUACGAAGACUUCAAAAACAACAUGGACUUUGGGAUCCAAAAUACUCAGGGUUUUGGAAUGCGGUAGAGGCAUGAAGCCAUUUGUUCCUUGGUUUUGUUGAGCCAAAAGUGUACUGUUUAUACUGCAGGUAUGUGAACACUAUUUUGUGUUAUGUUGAAUUAUUCUUUACAGGUACUAUAAGAAUGCGGUUAUGUUAGAGGCACACUGCCCUGUUAAAUUUUACAUCCAAGCCUCUGAAAAGACAUGCACUUAUUUUGUAUUAUUUAGAAUUUUCAGUUUGGUAGAUUACAAGUGAAUAAUAACCUGUUAAUGAGUUAGCCUUGUUAAACAGUGUUUAUUGUUGAUCUGUGCAAUUUAGUUGUUAUUUGACUAAACACUUUAAGACAACAGCACAACUUUACAUUUGCACAACUUAAAUUUGCACUACUAUGCACUUUAACCUUUAUAAGUGAUGAUGCAAAUUUUUUGUUUUGUUAAAAUAAAUGUUACAUGUUCUGAG